GCCCGUAAUGGCCGCCCGAUGGAAUAGGUGAAUCAGAUGCUCCCGUCUCCUCUGUUUUAUUUUGACAGUAACAAACGGAUAAUAUUCACCCAGAGACUCAGCUGGAGAUGAAAUCUAACAGCGUGAAGUGAGCAAAUUAAGUUGAGCUCCGUUCUGUGCCCUGCUGGUCAUGGCGAUGCGGGCCCGUUUGGAGGCCGUUCUCAAUGUGGGUCUCCGGAUCCCCAGUAUCCUGCUGCUGGAGGUUCUAUAUCGCUGGGACGUCAGCUCUUUCUUCCAGAAGAUCCAGAGAAGCAGUCUCAAUAAUAACCCCCUCUUCCAAUACAAGUACAUCGCCCUCUACCUGCAUUAUGUCGGUUAUAUACUCAGUCUGGUGUUGUUGACUUUGCCCCGGCAGCAUCUUGUGCAGCUCUACCUCUACGUGCUCACAGCUCUUCUGCUCUUUGCUGGACACCAGGUCUCCAGGGAUUAUGUACGUGGUGAGCUGGAUUCGGGUUAUGAAGGUCCCCUCUAUCUGGAGUCGCUGUCUAUGAAUCGCUUUACCACUGCACUCGUUGGUCAGCUGGUGGUGUGUACGCUGUGUUCCUGCGUCAUGCAGACAAAGCAGAUCUGGUUGUUUUCUGCACACCUGCUCCCCCUGGUGGCUAGACUGUGCCUCGUGCCUCUGGAGACCAUCGUGUUCAUCAACCGCUUUGCCAUGAUCUUCACUGGUCUGGAGGUGCUUUACUUCCUGGCCUCAAACUUGCUGGUGCCCUACAAUCUGGCCAAAACCGCCUACAGGGAGCUGGUGCAGGUGGUGGAGGUGUACGGUUUGCUGGCUCUGGGCAUGUCUCUGUGGAAUCAGCUGGUUCUUCCUGUGCUCUUCAUGUGCUUCUGGCUGGUGCUGUUCGGUCUGCAGAUCUACACCUACUUCAGCACACGCGACAAGCUGCCCUCCCGCGAGAGGCUGCUCUUCCUCUUCCUCACUAGUAUUGCCGAGUGCUGUAGUACUCCCUACUCUCUGCUGGGUUUGGUCUUCACCGUGUCUUUUGUGGCGCUGGGCGUCCUCACCCUCUGCAGGUUCUACCUGCAGGGCUACAGAGCUUUCAUCAAUGACAACGCCAUGCACAGAGGCAUGACGGAGGGCAUCACGCUGUUGAUCUUGGCUGUUCAGACUGGGCUCAUUGAGCUACAGGUCAUUCACAGAGCGUUCCUCCUCAGUAUUAUCCUCUUCAUCGUGGUGGCUUCCAUCCUGCAGUCCAUGCUUGAGAUCGCUGACCCCAUUGUUCUGGCACUGGGGGCUUCCAGAGACAAGAGCCUGUGGAAACACUUCAGAGCCGUCAGUCUGUGUCUCUUCUUGUUGGUCUUUCCUGCUUAUAUGGCAUACAUGAUCUGUCAGUUCUUCCGCAUGGACUUCUGGCUGCUCAUAAUCAUCUCCUCCAGCAUCCUCACCUCACUGCAGGUUCUUGGCACCCUUCUGAUCUACAUACUCUUUAUGGUGGAGGAGUUUCGCAAGGCUCCGGUUGAAAACAUGGACGAAGUUAUCUACUGCGUCAACGGGACCUACAGGCUCCUCGAGUUCAUGGUGGCAGUCUGUGUGGUGGCUUAUGGCGUUUCCGAGACCCUGUUUGGAGAAUGGACAGUAAUGGGCUCCACCAUCAUCCUGGUUCACUCCUACUAUAACGUGUGGCUAAGAGCCCAGCUGGGCUGGCAGAGCUUCCUGUUACGCAGAGACGCCGUCCACAAGAUUCAAAGCAUGCCUAUUGCUUCUCCAUUACAGCUACAACAACAUAAUGACAUCUGUUCAAUCUGCUUUCAGGAUAUGAAGUCAGCCGUCAUCACUCCCUGUAGCCACUUUUUCCACGCCACUUGUCUGAAGAAAUGGCUGUACGUGCAAGAGACCUGUCCUCUCUGUCACGGCAACCUUAAAAGCCAACUGCAGCCAGUCAGCGCUCCAGGUGUGACAUCACAAGACGCUCUACCAGCCAAUCAGAACCCAGCGGAGGCAGAGCAAGGUGAACCACAGGAAGAACCGAUCACGGAGGAAAGCACGCCUGCAACAAAGCAAACUGAUCCAGAACUUGAGAGCUUACCAGAGAGUUUGCAGUCCCCAUCCAAAGACUGUGACGCACCGUCAGAACCCAAGAGCAGCACAGGUCCAGCUUUUGAUCUGGACGUUGAAGCUUCGUGCUCCACGUUGGGUUUCCAUUCCUCUUUCUGAGCAAAAAGAAACGCUGUCUAUGAUCAGCCUGUUAGGUCACACCAUAUUGCCAACAUUAGAAGACGAUAAAAGGGUUGUUUCAGUCCAGUUCUGACUUCCUGGUUGACUUUCCUCCGUUAAGCAAAAAUGGAGAUGAAAGCAGAACGUUCAGAAUGCUCUUUCAUACAGUGAACGUGAAUAUGGGGACGCAGGUUCCAAAGUUAGUCAAAUUGUUCUCCGUUCUCAAUUCACAGAACAUUUAGUCAUUUGGAAUUGGUGCUUUACUCAUACAAACACUUAUUUUUAAAGACCAUAAGCAAACAUGUUCACUUUGAUAACAAAGAGCAGCUGUCACGAUCUGCUAAACUUAGUAUUUUAUGAAAGAAGGAAAGUCAUACCGGUUUGGAAUGAUCUCAAGUAUGCAUUGAUUUCGUUUGCUCCGUUCACAUCGUCGGUCAAGACAUUUCAUUUUCAUUGGUCGAAAUCAUUUUCAACAUGCGUCCAACCAAAACAUGGACUUAAUGAGCUGUACAUGGAGAUAAUGAACUGUUCCUUGCUUUGCAUUAUCGUAUCUACAUGCUUGAUUUAGCUUAUUGGAAAUAAGAAUUGUGUAAACAUCAAAUGGUUCCGAAACGAGCCACACGUUCAUAGAAGAGAAAAUCAAGUGCCAUUGUGCCAGGUCAUUUUGUUUUAUCACAACAAGCCUCCUUUUAUUACCCUGAUUUUAUGUGUGCCGCCAGAUGGCUUAUCAAACAGGUUUCUGUUACAUGUUAACCAUGUGUCAGAAAAAAUGUUAAACUUGUCAGAAAUAGUGUAUUUGUCCGUUUGGCAGUUGGCUUGAUUCCUAGAAGCGAGCGUCUUUAAAAGCAUAUUGCAGAUUGUAGACGAAACCUGUUUUCUGGUUUUAUUGGAUAUUUAGUGAUUAGACAAUCAGUUGAAGGCAUUUUAAGGAUGGAUGCUUCAUUCAAGGUCAACAUUUUCCUAGAAUGAAACUGAAAUGUUUCGUUCAGCAUGUACAUGUCUUACAGGGGGAAUCUCAUCAAAACAUGUUCAGGUCAUCUUUCACCCCGAUAUUUUGGACUGAAAUUAUGGCUCUUGGUUUUUGAAAGAUUUGUGAGAUUCACUCUUAAGCAUGGCUGGUGACUAAGAACGCUUCGUUAUCGUUGUCUUAGCUUUCAGGAAUACACGCCAUUCCAAGCAAUGCCAUGCUAUGUGUUUGCACUAAUGUUUAUAUCGAAUAACAGUCGAUUUUGUCUUGUUGGGCAACAAAUGCUCUCAGAAGCAAAUGAAGUGCAGCUCAAUAUGAAUGUUUGUACAUAUGAAGGCAACUAGAUCCGAUGUAUAUUCUUUUACCAUGUUUUUGAUAUGCCGUACAGUGUUAAUGCAGUGAUGAGCAUUGUGAAGUGUCUGGAGGAUCAGUGUGAACACUGUUAAGAGUGGGAUUGAUCUCUGGACACCGAGUGCGUUUGUGCUGAUCUUUACGUGACACAUUUCAGAAUGGCAGGUUUGUGUGAAUGAGUACAUUCAAUGUAUGAGGAAUCACAAAUGCCAUUUGAUAAACUGCUCUGUAUUUGAUUAUUUUUGCACAAUUUUCUUGAAAGAAAAUAAAUGGAAAUGCAACAUGAAUAGA